GAGAGGAAGAGAGAGACGGAGAGAGGAAGAGAGAGACGGAGAGAGGAAGAGAGAGACGGAGAGAGGAAGAGAGAGAAAGAGAGACGGAGAGAGGAAGAGAGAGACGGAGAGAGGAAGAGAGAGACGGAGAGAGGAAGAGAGACGGAGAGAGAGAAGACGGAGAGAGGAAGAGAGAGGAGAGAAGAGAAGAGAGAAGAGAAAGACGAGAGGAAGAGAAAGAAGGAGAGACGGAGGAAGAGAGAGAGACGGAGAGAAAGAGAGAGACGGAGAGAAGAGAGACGGAGAGAGGAAGAGAGAGAGAGACUGAGAGGAAGAGAGAGACGGAGAGAGAAGGAAGAGAGAGAGGAAGAGAGACGGAGAGAGAGGAAGAGAGAGGAAGAGAGACGGAGAGGAAGAGAGAGACGGAGAGAGGAGAGACGGAGAGACGGAGAGAGGAAGAGAGAGAGGAAGAGAGAGACGGAGAGAGAAGAGAGAGAGAGAGAGACGGAGAGAGGAAGAGAGAGACGGAGAGAGGAAGAGAGAGAGAGAGAGACGGAGAGAAAGAGAGAGAGGAAGAGAGAGACGGAGAGGAGAGAGAGAGAGAGAGAAGAGAGACGGAGAGAGGAAGAGAGAGACGGAGAGAGGAGAGAGGAAGAGAGAGAGAGGAGAGAGAGAGAGAAGAGAGAG